AUGGCCGAAGCAAUUUGCCCCACCGAGGCUUCUUCGCAACCUUUCACAAUUGACUUUGUCUGGCAGUCACCUCGGUACAAAGUAUGGUCUCUUGGCUUGGAUAAGUCUCUUGACCUGGGUGGUGAGAAAGGCAGACGACAUGUUGUGGAUAUUCUAGGAAGAACCGCCUCGGCAGCGUUCGCCGCUACCGCCUGA